AUGGCGACAAAGGAAACAAAAGACGAUGCCCCUGUCGACAACCGGGAUGCAUUGGAAGUGCUAGAAUCCGAGGCCAAGGAGUGGGAGAAAGAUGCCGAAAUUGACCGGAUUCUGAAAGCCUUCAGGCUUGAUGCCUACGCCGUCCUCGGCCUCAAACCCGGCGUGCCCGAAUCCGACAUCAAAAUCACAUACCGCAAAAAGUCCCUCCUCAUCCAUCCCGACAAGACCAAGAACCCUCUUGCCCCAGACGCCUUCGACCGUCUCAAAAAGGCCCAGACCGAGCUCAUGGACGAGAAGCACCGCGCGACCCUCGACGAGGCCAUCGCCGACGCGCGCAUGCUGCUGAUGCGCGAGAACAAGUGGAACGUCGACAGCCCGGAGCUGAAGACGGCCGACUUUGAGCGCCGCUGGGUCGACAAAACCAAGUUCGUGCUGAUCGAGAACGAGCACCGCCGGCGCCGCCAGAUGAAGGCGCAGAUGCAGGAGGAAGGCCGUGAGCAGCGCCGUCAGGACGAGGAGGUUGAACAGCGCCGGAAGAAGCGCCAGCAUGAGGAGGACUGGGAGGCCACGCGCGACCAGCGGAUUAGCAGUUGGCGACAGUUUCAGAAGGGGGGGAAGUCGGGCGGGGGAGAAGAUGGGCCGGAGAAGAAGAAGAAAAAGAAGUUAAAGCCGAUUGGGUGA